AUGAGUGGUCGAGGUAAAGGCGGAAAAGGUCUUGGAAAGGGAGGUGCGAAGCGUCAUCGCAAAGUUCUGCGCGACAACAUUCAAGGAAUAACAAAGCCGGCGAUACGGCGUUUAGCCAGACGUGGUGGCGUGAAACGAAUCAGCGGCUUGAUCUACGAGGAAACUCGUGGUGUUCUGAAAAUAUUCUUGGAGAACGUCAUCCGUGACGCCGUCACGUACUGCGAACAUGCGAAACGGAAGACGGUCACUGCGAUGGAUGUCGUAUAUGCAUUGAAACGUCAAGGACGCACGCUUUACGGUUUCGGCGGUUAA